AUGCCAGAUGUGACCAAAGAGUCAGCUGACGGUGUCGAAGUUUUUUCCCAAACAGCCAAUGCAUGGCUCCAUGCCCAUGUGUCUUUGCUGGCUGCAACUGGAAAGAUCACAGUUUGUUAUUCCAUCCAGGGCAAGAAGUGCCGGAAGCAUCUCAGCCCCUUCACUAAGCAAAUUCGGGUGGAGGACGAAGCUGAAGAAACGGAAGAGGAGGCAGAUCCUGAUCUGUCCUUUCACCAGGUCUUCCGGGCCGCCCGGAGGUUCGUCCUGGGUGACUUCGACGGGAGUGAGUUCUCUUUAGAGAAAACCCUGGAGAAAGCAGCGCAGAUGGAACGGCAACAACGUCACCACGAACUUUACGUUCAUGCAGCAUCAGCUAGCCAGGCAACCAUGAUUGCAAGACAAGCUAGCAACAACUUCCGCGAAUUUGGCAUCUUGUUUGUGGACCAGGAGAAUCCAGAGUUCAAUGAAAGCUUUCAGCGGAGUGCGUGCAAGAGGCUUUCUUCUGAAGCAGUGCUCUUCAAGAAGCGACCACAAGCGAGUGAUGUGGCGCAAGGUGGAGAAGCACACAACUGUGGCUUUAUGGCUGCGCUGGCAGCGAUUGCAGACCACCAAGACGGGUAUUUGGUCCGCCUUCUGUUGGAGGAAGAGGAUGACUUGAACCAAUGUGGUUGCUAUCGGGUGUCUUUGUUCUUGAAUACAAGCAGCAGAAAUCUGCAGAAGUAUCGGCAAGCUCAUCCCAGCUUGAUUGCCUCAGAGAAGGAAGUCUUCUUUUCAAACACCAGGAACUCGAUCAAGGCGGAGGCCAGAGGUUCCUGGCGUACAAUCGUCGUGGAUGACAUUGUCCCAGACUCUGAUGGGCCACGGGCAUGCCGACCGAAGGGUGCUGUUGACCUUACCGACGCACUGGUGAUUUUGACGGGUCAGAGCACCUUCCGUAUUGAACUGGCCCGUCUCAAUUCUGCUGCCCGCAAAAAGCUUUUCAAGGACCUUUGUGAGUACAAACAACGCGGACUUUUGGUCACAGCAGGCAUCCUGCAGAAUGAGGCACAGGUCCUACCAAAUGGCUUGGUGACCAGACAUGCUUACACGUUGCUGGAUUUCAUCCCGCUCUUGGACCACACAAAGAGGCACAGAUGA